GUGGAUCCCGGGAGGUUGUCGGGAUAAAAAGUUUGCGGUGGCGGCCAGAGCAAAGUUUGGAGAGUGGGAUAUUGUUGUAAACGUGUAUCCGUGAGAGUAUGACCGACGCAGAAGCGCAGAGCGCCCCACCGUCGGCUCCGGUGGAAGAACAGCCACAGCCGGAGAGAAAAAUUAUAGCCACCGCAGUCCAAGGCACCGUGAAAUGGUUCAACGUGCGCAACGGAUAUGGCUUUAUCAACAGAAACGACACCAAAGAGGAUGUCUUUGUUCAUCAGACUGCCAUCAAGAAGAACAAUCCCAGGAAGUUCCUUCGCAGUGUUGGGGAUGGGGAGGUGGUAGAGUUUGACGUGGUCGAGGCCGCCAAGGGCUCGGAGGCAGCCAACGUGACAGGGCCUGGUGGUGUUCCCGUUAAAGGCAGUCGGUACGCGCCCACCAAACGCCGUUUCCGCCGGCGUUUGUCCUCUCGCAGCCCCAGGCCCGGUGACGAGAAGGGCGACGGCACCUCAGGCCCCACUUCAGAGCAUGGAGGAGAGCACGACGGAGAGCGGCCCGGCGAGCGGCCCGGAGACAGGCCCCCACCGCGCCGGCGCAGGCCCCGCCGACCCAGACAGGAAGGGCAAGAGGGCGAGCCAGGGGAACAGGAGGGAGGCGUAGAAGGCGACCAGCAGAGGCCUCCACCGCGCAGGUUUAGGACCCAGUACCGCAGGCCAUUCCGUCCUCGCCCACCUCCCGGGGAGGUUCAGGCGGGUGCUGCCACCUCAAAGGGCCAGGCAGCAGAAGGGCAGGAUGUGGUGAAGGAGGCCCAGGAGGGCCAGCAGACAAACGGGGAGCAGGCCAACGAAGACGGCCAAAAGCCCCGCCGACAGUAGCGCCGCAGGCAGAGGAACUCAGAGUCUAACUCUGUCUCUAAAGAUGGGACAGAGAAGCCCGAAAAGCUAGCCUCGGAACCUAGCACUCCCCUUCAGACAGCCAAGCCAGCCGACUCCAAAUCCUCCCCCAAAUCCUCCCCUAAAGGCUCCCCCAAAAUGUCCCCCAAGUCCUCCCCCAAAUCACCAGAGCCACCUGCCACGACAGUUCCCGCAGACACAGAAUGACGCCCAUGAUGAGACUGUGUAACGUGACCCCAGACAAGAGGUGGGACCCCGCUCCAAACUGGCGCAUCCUUUCAGGGUUUGGGUGGAGGGUUGCGCUUCUUGCAUUACUACCGAAACUGCGACGCGGCUAUCUCGUAGCUGUUGUCACUAGUAUGUGAUAUUUAGGUACUUUUUCAACGUAUGGGUUUUCGGAGGAAGUGCACGAGUCUUUUGAAGGAUGGUCCGCACCUGCGGUCCGAAUGUGUAACCGGGUGUUAAAAAUGCUUUUCCUUAUGACUUUAUAUUUUUGGGAUUUGUGUUCAAUGAAAGCCCACCUAUAUUGCAGUUGUAAAUUGGUCGCCAAUUGAAGUCUGAAACCCGUGGGACCCACUGCCUGUUAGAAGUCUUAAUUCUUGGCAUUGUGUUCUAUUGGUUUAAAUGUUAGUCUCUCUCCUUGUCCUCUCUGUCGGUCUUUGCCCCCUGCCUGUCUUUUUUUCACCUACCUGCCUUUCUCCCCUUAUCUUCUCUGCCCAUCUGUCUCUCUCCCCCUGUCGCUCUCUUUAGGUUCCUAGGGAGGGUUAGCUGGGGGACCGAGCCCCUCUCACCACACCCACCACUGUGCACUACUCUCCAAUUCCCCCCCCCCCCCCCCCCCCCUGCAUAUGGGAGGGAGGGAGUUGCAUGUAUUCAUAAAUGUUAAAAUACGCCUAGAAAGAUCUAGAGGAACGAAAGUAUGUAAAAAUCUGCUUGGAUGCCCAGUUACUCCACAAACCCCCAGCUUGUUUACUUUAAUUGACUGAGAAUGGGCAUGAGCAGUAGAGGACCCAGCCGCUAUUUUAAGUUCAAUGAUGUGGAAAGCGAAGCGUGUGUGAGGGUAGUGGUCCAGGAGUUGCGAUGAUAACCUUGCCAUCCCCCUAGUUUCUAACAUGCUGCAGCCCACACCCUAUUUGGAAAAUCAAGGCCGGGGGUUGGUUUAAAAAAAAUAUACAUUUUUGUUCUACUUAUUUUUGUAUGUGCUUUUCUUUUGGAGGGGAUUAUGUGCAAUGUCAGUAUCUAAAUGUCGAUAAAAUGUUUGCAAAAACCACAA